AUGCUCCGAUCCGCCGCCUCCCUUACCUUGCGUCAUUCGCGUAAGGCUGUUAAUACCUCGCUUCUUCAAGAUUUAUCGAGAAACAAUUACUUGUUGUCGUCCCAAUCCCACCUGCGCGUUCGAUCCUCCGACUUUUUGCGAACCUUGAGCAGUCAAACCAAGAAGGAAGAACCACCGAAGAAGAAAGGGGGAGAAGAGGAUGAUGAAACAAAGGAGAUUGUUUUGACGCCAGGUGAAACUGUGGUCGCAGUCUCACGUCUUGGACUAUGGGCUGGAAUCUUUGCCUUUGCAUGUGCUUGCGCCUUUUACAUUGGACGUGAGCUGAUUCCUACAAAGAUGAGCCCCAACAGUGUUUUCAAUGGGGCUACUUCAAUCAUCCGAGAUAAUGCUCAAGUGAAACGUGUUUAUGGAGAUAAGUUGAAGUUCUAUGGCAAGGAUCAUGGUGGUCACCGAGAAGGACGACGCAACUUUAUCGAACACACGCAAUAUCCAAGCCCAGAUGACGGAUCCAACCGUACCAGGGUCCGCUUCAACCUGGAGGGUGAAUUCAACUCCGCGUUUUGCUUCGCUGAAGUAUCAAGUGGAAUGUCUUCUGGCGAAUUCGUCUACAUCUUGGUUCAAGACAAGAGAUCGGGAAGAGUGAUCACAGUCGUUGACAACCGUGCCGCUUUGACUGCCAAGCAAUUGUCUGGUGGAAAUGCCGAAAGUUCACAGGCAUUGCAACAACUACUUGGAGGUGGCAAGAGUUAA